ACCCUGCCGUGCGCUUAAUUAAAUCAUCAGAUCAAAUGCAACCGGCUUAGGCACUGCUUCAAUUGCGUAGAUGCUGGUGUCGAGUGCCAGCGUCUCCGCCGCGGGAGGACAUCGCGAAAGCGAUCCUUCCCUAGGUUUGCAGCUUCCAUGGUCAAUGAUUAAUGGUGUAUGUACGGCUAAAAAGUUGUUUGAUAGCAUUACGACACCGACGGAAACUAUAUUGCAUUUGGAAAGACCACUUUCUCGGUGUCGGGGGUGCGAGCCUUGUCCCUAUUUCGAGCCAUUCAAGGACGACUUGAUAGGCAGACUUUAUCGACAGUCAGCGCUGAAACAAGACCGGAAGAACGAAGACCCUUUCAACAGCGCCAAGUUGAGAUGCAGAGCGAACAUGACAAGUUCUCUCGUGCUGAUCUCGAUUCACUUGACGGCACGGAUAGCUCGAACUACCAUGCGGCACAAGCAAGAAGUAUCAUCGAGGUAGAGCUCGAUGACUGUCGGCAUAUAAUCCUAGAACAGCAGUCUGCUCUUAGAGCCGCACUCGACCUAGUGAGCCGUAUAGCGGACUCGGAGCGCGUGGGGUCGAAUGCGCCUGCAGAGGACGGAUUUUCUGUCGAUUCCAGCGUUGGGAUUCCAGAUGCACCGCCGCUAGAGCUUAUUUUCAUGCUUUUUCCAGGCUAUCAGUGGUCUGACCACAUUUCCGAAGAGUCGUUUGAGAGAAUGGCUGCGGAGAUCCUCGAGGAACAUUGCAAGGGCCAAGUGUUUCAGCAGAUAUCAGUCUGCGUCUACGUUAGGGCGAUAUUCCAUUUCUUGUAUUUGGCUCGAAGCACGACAAGCUCCACAGUCAGAAAUCGGCUCUUUCAAACCACCUCCACCUACAUAGCUGCAGCCGUCCAGAGCAUUCACAAAUUCGACAUUCUCGCUGCGCCAAGCCUCCUCUCCAUACAAGCUUUACUCUCAAUCAACCAGUGUUGGAUACUCAACUCGUACGCAGCCCGCCAGAUCACAGCGCUCGGCCAUCAUAAAAUCCAGGACACCGCUCCUUCUACUGGGGUGCAGCGAGAUGUCCACAACGCCCUAUUGUGGUGCUUUUUUCUCGAUAAAACGCUUAGUUCCCUGCUUGGUCGACCUUCAUCCCUGCCUGACUUGAAUGUUUCCUCUACUGACCUAAUCGGAAUCGACUCCUCGCUACCUUAUGGCUCCCUCUUUCGAAUCUGUCUGGAGAUUGCCCAGAUUCAAGACAAAUUAUCCAACCGGCGGACCAUGGAUACGCUCGAUGACCUUGAAACCAGAAUGCGACGACUCCUUCCAGACUUGCAGGGAAAGCGCAACGCUACCCACCGAUCAAUGGAGCUUGAUUGGAUCAGUGCAGACUUCUGCUUUUAUGCCGUGAUGGUGGAAAUUCAUAGGACGCGGCUGAGGUGCUCAUUCAGCCCAAUGAUUCGCAGAGAGACUCUACUCUGCGCUCGAAGAUCUGUGGAGGCAUUUCAGUAUCUUCAGCAGCACCCGACCGAGCUUCCAGGCUUCAACGACCCAUAUCCGUCUUUUCUUACAUGGAGCCUGUUGUUCUACCCUUUGAGUCCCUGCUUCGUUCUGUUCUGCAACAUAAUCGGCUCCUUGGACCGGAAUGACUACGACCUCAUGCGCAACAUCAUCCAAGCUCUGUCGCAAUACAAGCAUGACCCACACUUGCAGAAACUCUUCGACCUCUUGGCAUCACUUGAGAAGCUCUGCGAGCCGCUGUUUCAGGCCGACGAUGAUGGUUAUUCACAUUCACACCAAGAAGCUGCUAGCAGUCUAUAUCCUCGAGUUUCAUUGGACCCUGCUGCGGUUCAUUCAUUAAACGAGGGCACGGAAGCUGGUCAUAUGUCUGCUCCAGACGGAGAUUUAGCUCGUGCUAUGGAGGUGGCUUCAGGCAUACCAACUCCGGUCAUCGGAUCGUCAGGCGACUGGCUUAUGUGGCAGCUUUUCAAUACUCAGGUACCCUUGGGAUGGAUGAAUCCUGAGUUCGCUGGAUACGGGGCUCUUUGAGUCAUGUCAGACACGAAGGGAUCGUGCGUAAAGUCGCAGGCAUUAUAUCUUCAGGGCUAGAAUUCAAGAGCCAUGAAAGCUCAAAGGCCCACUAAAGCACUAGAG